CCCUCUGCCCAUGUCCUCUUCUUUCUCCAGCUCUUCUCGGCUCAAGCCACCCCUGCGCUGACCACGAUGGGGCUCUGCAAAUGUCCCAAGAGGAAAGUCACAAACCUGUUCUGUUUUGAGCAUCGGGUGAACGUCUGCGAGAACUGCAUUGUUGCUAACCAUGCGAAGUGCAUCGUCCAGUCGUACCUGCAGUGGCUUCAAGACAGCGAUUACAAUCCCAACUGCCGGUUGUGUAACGUGCUUCUUUCCAAUAAAGAGACGGUUCGGCUUGUGUGUUAUGAUCUCUUUCACUGGUCCUGCCUCAAUGAGAUGGCCAACCAGCUGCCCCAGAACACGGCCCCCGCCGGCUACCAAUGUCCCUCUUGCCAGGGUCCCGUCUUCCCUCCCACCAACUUGGUCAGUCCAGUUGCGUCCGCCCUCCGAGAGAAGCUCUCGACGGUCAACUGGGCUCGGGCCGGACUCAGGCUUCCCCUGAUUGAUGAAGCGGAGGUGACUCAAGAGAUGGAUACUCACAGUGCCUCAGACUGCAGCGACUGGUCCAGUUUCACAGGCCUAAAUUCAGAAGAAGCUGCCCCACAGAGUUCGGCGUCCGCUUUUGCCUACAGUGCAAGUGGCAACUUUGAGUCCCCGCAACAGCAGCAGCAAAACCUGAAGAACGGCAAUGUUGCGGACCAGCACACAAUUGUCAGCAUGGGUGAUGGGGGUAGAGACCUUCUCACCAUCAAUGCAGCCUCCUCGUCGCGGAAAAUUUACGACACCCGGGAAGCCGGGGUUGGCCAGGACUCGAGCGCCACCAUCGACUUUGACGAGGACAAAUACCGGCGGAGGCCGACGCUCAGCUGGCUCGCCCAGCUGCUCAAGAACCGCUUUGGCACCCGAAAGCAGCCGCGCUCUUUAAUGCAGAGGUUUGUCAUCUUCCUCCUGAUCGGCGGGAUCGGCUUCCUGACGCUCGUCAUCAUCAUGAUGAAACUCGGCCGGGCCUCGGCGGACAACGACCCGAGCCUGGACCCCAAGUUCAACCCUCACAUCCGAGUGGGACAGUAGCGAGUAGGGCUGGCCUCUCCUUUGUCAGGUGGCCCCGUACCCCACUCUCGGCUCGUGGCAGCUCCUUGGCAAAAUUGCACCCCAGAGGGAGGCCUGGGGUUGCAUCUGCUGGGUGGGUCUCCC